AACAAUCUUGGUCUUCAAACCGGCCUAAUUAGAAGAGUAUUUAAAACUUCUUUCACAAUUCCAACUCUCUUCAUACUUCUUAUCUAGGUGCAGCCAAGCUGCCAGCAAAUAGCUUCUCGGCCAUGGGCAGCUAUUCGAACACGGGUGGUCAAGGUCAAGACACCACCCUUACCGGCCGUGUCCAUAGCAUUUGUCCCGGUGAAGAAAGCGGCUCAAUUGCAUUUCUUCUAAGAAAGAAUGGCCAAUUCUUCAAAUGCAAGCUGGACAAGACAGGCGGCGCGGAUCCCGCCAUCUUUGCCACGGCUCAACGCCUGACCCCUGAAUCGCUUGUUCGCGUCUCGUCGUGCGUGAUGAGUUGCACUGAUGUUGACAUUAAGGUGUCUGGACUCACCAUAUUAUCCGAAGCAACGGCCAACCUCUCAGGCAACCUAAAGCUGCAUGGGGCCCCUGGAGAGACUCUGCCUUCGCCGAAUGAGCGGAUUCUGCUUUUGGACCAGAGGCUCGACAACAGACUGUUGGACGCCCGAGUUGCAGCCACUGCGGCAAUCUUCAAGCUCUUCUCGGCGGUGCACCAAUUGGCCGUCAAGUACUUGGCAGCCCACGACUUCCACUACAUCCCGACGCCAGCAUUCGUGGGCUACGAGUUCCCCGCCGAGGAGGAGGAUCACUUCUAUCUCGACUAUCUCGGCAGACAGGCGAUGCUGGCACCAACCGGCGAGGUGCAUCUGGGCAUGGCACUCGCUGCAGAUCUGGAACGCGUCUACGACAUUCAUACCGUGUUCCGUCGAGAGCCAAAGAGUGAUGGAAGACAUCUGACAGAGUUUACAAUGCUUGAACUCGUGUUUGCGCUCAAGAAUGACUGGACCGAGAUUCUUGAGCUUGCUGACAGUCUCUUGGUGUUCCUUUUGCGGUCUUUGCAGGAACACGACAAGUACGCCAAACUCACAACAGCUGCGCAAAGACUCUAUCCUGCCGCCGGGAGUUUCAAGCUGGGCUUGGACAAGAACGGCAAGCUACCUCGCGUACGAUUUGACGAAGCCAAAGCGAUUCUCCGUAAUCAGCUCGGCAAGAUGGCUCUUGUCGAGGAAGACCUAACGAGAGAGGAAGAGGCUUUGCUAGGAGAGCUUUUUGCCAGCAACCACUCACCUCUAGACUCACCCACGGAUGUAUUCAUAGUAACCCACUUUCCAAAGCACCUUCGUCCGUGCAACGUCUCUUCACUGGGGCGGGACGACGCAACGACGAAUUCUUUCGACAUCAUUCUGCGCGGACAGGAGAUUGUCACGGGCUGCCAGCUGCUUCACUCCUAUAAAGAGGUGAGAUCGGCCUUUACAAAUCGUGCGCAUCCCAUCGAUCCAGAUUCGCCCGGGUGGCGGCCGUAUACCGAAGCGCACGAGAUUGGGAUGCCGCCAUGGGGCGGUUUUGGGCUUGGACUGAAUCGACUUGUGCAGGGAUAUCUGGGUCUGAUGGAUAUUCGCGAGACGGUUCUUUUCCCGCGGGAUGCAUGUAGGCUGGCACCGUGAAAUUAUAUUUUAUAUUUACUUUAAUCAAAGCGUUGAUACAGAUAAAUUGCAAUGAUUGUC